GAGUUUGGCAGAAAAAAAAAACCCCUCACCUAUAUGAACUUCUGGUUUGCACAAUCUCUUUGCAUUUCCUUUAGCGUUUUUUAGUUAAUAGGAAGAAACUGAUUCUUUUUGAUUAUCUACAUCUAAUAAAAUGGAGAAGGAAAACCCACUGGAUGAUGACAUCUCAAAAAAACAAGGACAAGAGGACAGUUAUGACGAAAUGGAUGGGAAACCAUUCAUACCUAUUAACCCUCUGACAAGCAUAAACAUAGUUGAACAUGACAACGGCUCCAGUGCGACUUUCACAAGGGACAAAGUGUUUAAUGCUGUAUCUCAGGGAGACACAGAUUAUCUAAAGGAACUGCUUCCCUACCUGUUAUCAAACGAUAAAAAACUCUCAAGUCCAGAAUUUGUAGAUGAUACAAGUGGGGAAACAGCCCUAAUGAAAGCACUGCUGAAUUUUAAAGAUGGCAAAAAUGACACCAUUGAGAUUCUCCUGGACAUAGCAGAGAAAACUCAGGACAACAAACUAAUAAAUGCACCUCAGACGGAUCACAUGAAAGGUCAAACUGCUUUGCAUGUUGCUAUUGAGAGAAGGAGUUUGGACCUUGUUAAACUGCUGGUCCAGAAAGGAGCAGAUGUGCAAGCUAAAGCCGACGGCACAUUUUUCCAGAAUAAUGGAAAACAGUGUUUUUAUUUUGGGGAACUCCCAUUAUCACUGGCAGCCUGCACGGACCAACCAGACAUUGUGUCCUUUCUCGUGGAAAACCCAUACAGAAGAGCUGACCUGACGGACAAAGACUCACAAGGAAACACUGUGUUACAUGCUCUGGUAAUUGUUGCGGAUGACUCUGACGAAUCCACAAAGGUGAUUACAAAGAUCUAUGAUGACAUUCUUGUGAAGCACAACAACAUUUGGAAAGACAGUGAAAGUCCACUGGAGGACAUUGAAAAUAAUCAAGGACUGACUCCUUUGAAAUUGGCUGCUAAGCUCGGCAAGAAAGAGGUACUUGAACACAUGCUGAAUCGGCAGUUUACGGAAGAGAAGACCUGGAUGCUUUCGAGAAAAUUUCCACACUUGGAUUACGGACCCGUUCACUCUUCACUAUACGACAUAAGUUCCAUCGACACCAGCGAACCCAACUCUGUGUUGGAGAUUAUUGUCUAUGGGAAUAAUAUUCCAAAUCGACCUGAGAUGAUCAAGCUGGAGCCUCUGCGCAGUCUUCUUCGGGACAAGUGGGAGAGAUUUGGUGCCAAACUGUUCUUCCUGAACUUUUUGUCCUACUUGAUCUACCUCACCAUCUUCACCACUGUGGCUUUCUAUAGAAAGGAGGGACAGCCCCCAUUUCCAGUAGAAAAUCACCCAUUUGACUAUCUACGUUGUGUCGGUGAGCUUAUCAGUGUGUUUGGAGCCAUAGGAUUCUUGUGUAGAGCGAUAGCCAUUUUUCACAAGAAGCCACCAAACCUCCAUUUAUUGUUUACCGAUGGUGUCAGUGAAAUUCUGUUUUUCCUGCAGGCCGCCCUGCUUCUGCUCUGCUCGAUUUUGUACUUCAGUGGUCGCAAGGAGUAUGUCAGCCUUCUCGUUCUGUCCCUAUCUCUGGCUUGGAUAAAUAUACUCUAUUACACUAGAGGAUCGAAGCAACUGGGUAUUUACUAUGUGAUGAUGCAAAGGAUGAUCCUCAACGAUCUGUUUCACUUUUUAUUUGUGUACUGUGUCUUACUUAUUGGAUUUUCUGCAGCGGUGGUUACUCUCAUGGACAACUCACCUGCAGCUCAGAAAGAUACCCCGGUGACAGUCUCGUGCGAGAAACCAACUUACAAUCAUUUUGGUUUUACCACAUUGGAGCUGUUCAAGUUCACCAUUGGAAUGGGAGAUCUGGAAUUCAUCAAUCACAUUCAGUACAAAGAGGUUUUCCACAUCCUUCUAAUCUUCUACAUCAUUCUGACUUACAUCCUGAUGCUGAACAUGCUCAUCGCACUGAUGGGGAACACGGUGGAAGAGAUGUCAGGACAAAGUAAAACCAUCUGGAAGCUUCAGAGAGCCUUCACAAUUCUGGAGAUGGAGAAGGUUCCAGCAAUCCUGAGGAAUAAGAUCGAGUCCAAGGAUUCAAAGUUUGAGUUUUUCAAAUCCACCAAGAAAGAUACUCGUAAAUUUGUUCGGGUGACUGAAAUCAACUGGACAAAAUGGAGGUCAGAUAUCAGUUUCAAGAUGGAAGUAAAGCCUGAAAAAGAAGAAACUGAGACCAAAAAUGAGGAACCUGGAUCUCGAAGUUCGUCAAAGAAACACCACUCUAAACGAGGCCAACAGCAGGGGAUUGUUUAGAGAGGUUAGAAAUGUGAAGAUUGAGCUGUACUGUUGAGGAACACUAACCCUAACUGAAUGUAAUAAUGAAUCACUUUCUUCUGGUAAGUUGAUGAGUUAUUCCUCAAAUUUACAAUCAUUUAAUUUUAUACAAGAUUUCCAAGCUUUUCUGUGGGCACUCCAGCUUCUUCAUACAGUUCAAAAAACAGGGUACAACCCACCUUUGUCCAACAGUUGCAGGGUUGGCUUCAGAAGCCCCAUGCCCCAAAGUAGGCAUUUGUCAGUUUCUGAAGAUAGAUAGAAUUCCAAACUGCAGUUGGAUGCCUAAUUGUGUGGAUUUACUGUUUAAAAACAUGUUUCAGUUUCCAAAGUUUUAUUCUUUUAUUUUGGUUAAGGGGAAUGUUUGUGCAAGGCAAUUUAUUCCUGAAGGUUGGGGAGGAUCACAUUUUCCAUUGUUCACUUGGGAUUAAUCGUAGAUUGGUAUAGUACGUUUUUGUAUAUGAAAAAAAUGUGUAAUUAAAUUGCAUUAAGAAGCUUUACAUUGUUUAUAAGAAAUGCAUUGUUUCAAUUAUA